AUGGAAAACAUUGAUGAUUUGCAUGCUCUCGAAUUAUGUGAGGAUGAAAUGCAGACUGGGGGUACUGAUAGUAUUGCAAAUGCCAAAGGGGAUUUGGAGUUUGCAGAUAGUCAAACAGAUCAGAUACUAAGUAUUCCAUCUUUGUAUCAGGUCCAGGAAGUUGAUUUCUAUCCUGAUAAUAACAUGAAGGAAGGAAAUUUGAGCGUCUCAAUUAAUGACAAUGGCAUUGGUUCAUUUCCUCCUGAGAGGGAAGUGAUAAACGAGUUGGCAGUGACACAAGUGGAAAAGGAGCAACCACUGGUCUUUCAGAGAAAACAAUCUCCUUUGAAGGAAUUGCAUGAUGUGAUCUCUCAUAAUAUUAAUGUGGGAGUUGAGGUGGAACAUGAUGAGGGCAAAAACAAAUUCAAAGAAAGUGAAGAAGAGGCUUCAGUGGAGCAGGUUUUUAGUAAUAUGGUAAAAGAAGCUGGCAUUUCACCAAGAUCUAGACAGAAAGGCUCUAAGAAAGGAAAGAAACAAGUAAUCACAUAUACUAUUCCUAUAAGAGUAGUACCAAAGAGAGGUUCUUUAAUGGAGCCUUUUCAACACUCUAGGCAUAUUCAGGGAUUUAGAAGGAGGUUAGGCAUGAGAUAUGCCCAUUACAACUGCAAUGGUAAAAUAUGGUUCUUUGUAAAUGAUAAUGUGGAUGUGGAGAUUCUGCAGGACCUAGAACAACAAAUAACUAUAAAGAUGCUUUUCCAAGAAUGGAAUAAGUCACUUAUGGUAACAAUGGUCUAUGCAAAGUGUGAUCAGCUGGAAAGAAUCAGUUUAUGGGAUAGUCUGUAUAGUUUGGCUGAUCAAAUGGAAUUGCCUUGGUUGGUAGGGGGUGAUUUUAAUGUCAUUCUGAAUGAAGAUGAGAAGAUUGGUGGUUUACCUGUAUCUCCAGAUGAAUAUGAAGAUUUUGCAUUUUGUAGUGACUGUAUUUUCAAAAGAUUGGAUAGAAUGAUUGCAAACUCUAAAUUGCAAGAUUGGUUUGCACAUAUGGAGGUGCAACAUUUAUCCAGAACUGGCUUAGACCAUGCCCCUUUAUUACUUACUUGUGGUGAAGUUUCACAUCACAUAAUGAAGCCUUUCAGAUUUCUAAAAUUCUGGACAGAAUAUGAACUUUUCUUAGAGGUAGUUAAUCAGGCAUGGAUCAAAGAUUUUGAAGGAGAUGACUUUAUCAGAUUUAAGCUGAAAUUGAAGAAUGUGAAAUCUACAUUAUCUGCAUGGAGUAAGGCAACUUUUGGUGAUAUUUUCAAGCAACUAACAGUAAGGGAAAAGGUGGUGAGAAUUAAAGAACAAUGUUUUGAAGAGGAUCCUACUCCUAUGAACAGGAUGGUGCUACAGCAAGCACAAGCAGAAUGGAAGAAGUAUGUUCACUAUGAGGAAGAAUUUUGGAGACAAAAGUCACAUAUGACUAGUUUUGCUGAAGGAGACAGGAAUACAAGGUACUUUCAUAGUAUUGUGAAUGGUAGGAGAAAGAGAUUGCGGAUCAAAAGAAUUCAGAACCAGCAAGGAAUAUGGAUAGAAGGGGAGUCACUUUUGGCAGAAGAAGCUUGUAGAUUUUACCAACAGCGGUUCUCUCAAGAAGUUGAUCCAUUAGACUUUGUGUUGCUACAACAUGUUCCUAGUAUGGUGGAUCAGGAUACUAACAAUCAGCUGGUAAGCAUGCCAACUUUGGAGGAGGUGAAGAAGGCUGUGUUUGAAUUAUCUGUAUGUAGUGCUGGUGGUCCAGAUGGUAUGAUUGGAAUAUUUUAUCAGGUGUGUUGGGACAUUGUUGGCGCUGAUGUAUACAAUCUUGUGAAAGCUUUCUUUGAUGGGCAAACUUUUCCAAAGUCAGUCACACAUACCAACUUAGUACUUUUACCAAAGAAGAAUAACAUUGAGACCCUUGCUGAUAUGAGACCAAUCAGUCUCAGAAACUUCAUCAACAAGGUUAUUUCUAGAGUGGUCCAGGAUAAACUGGAAGGAAUUUUACCUUCUCUGAUAUCUCCCAACCAGUCUGGCUUUGUUAAGGGCAGAUGCAUCAUUGAAAAUGUCCUUCUAACUCAAGAAGUUGUGACUGACAUAAGACUAAGAGGAAAACCAGCUAUUGUUGUACUUAAGCUUGACAUGGCCAAAGCAUAUGAUAGAUUAUCAUGGAGUUACUUGAUCAGAGUUUUAAGGAAGAUGGGAUUUGCAGAAAUUUUCAUAGAUAUGGUUUGGAGGUUGAUAGCAAAUAACUGGUAUUCCAUACUCCUGAAUGGUCAAGCCUAUGGUUUCUUUCAUUCCACCAGGGGUGUAAAACAAGGAGAUCCAAUCUCUCCUGCUUUGUUCAUCUUAUCUGCUGAAGUUUUAUUUAGAGCAUUAAACUCUUUAUUUGAGAACAAUGAUUUUAGAAGUUAUGGAAUGCCCAAAUAG